GUGGGUAGGCGAUUGCGUCGUCUGUCCACGUGAGAGAGGCGUACACACGUGCAAAUUUACGGAUUUUUACCCUAUAAACACCUGAGAUCGGGACUGACAGAGAUGAGCAGCAGUAUAGUGACUUGUCUGGCCUGGGUGCCCAGGGGUGUGGCCAAAGCUGUACCGGAUAAGGUCCAGGUAGAUAAGGAGGAGUUACAGCGUCUGAUUAAGGAGACGUCCAACAACCUGAAGGAACUGGAGGAGGAUGUUGAGAUGGAGGGCGGGGCAGCAGGAGAGGAGGAUGGAGAUGACCUCGCAGAAUUUGACUUGGACAAAUACGAUGACGAUCCUACAGGCAGCCUGGUAGGAAACCUGGCCAGUCUGACUGUCUACGCCAGUAAUGAGGACGACCCCUACAUCACUGUAAAGGAUGAUGAAGAGGUAGAAGAAGAGGAAAGAGAAGCGUUCACCAUCAGACCGACAGACAACCUGGUGAUCGUGGGGAGGGCAGAGGAGGACUGCAGCAUCCUGGAGGUUUACAUUUACAACGAGGAAGAGAAGGUUCAGUACUGUCACCACGACCUCAUCCUUCCUGCCUUCCCAUUGGCUCUGGAGUGGAUCAACUUUGACCCAGGGGAGGACAAACCAGGUAACCUCGUGGUGGUGGGCAGCGUGACUCCAGGUAUCGACAUCUGGGACCUGGAUGUGGUGGAUAGUCUGGAACCAGUCGUCACAUUAGGAUCACACAAGAAAAAGCCUAGCAAAAAGAAGAAGAAGGCUUCAGCUGCACCCAGAGUUGGUCACACAGAUGCAGUCCUAGACCUGUCCUGGAACAGACUAGUUAGGAAUAUUUUAGCCAGUGCAUCUGCAGAUCGCACUGUUGCAUUGUGGGAUCUGUCCCAGGGAAAACCUGUUACCACACUAUCACAGCAUAAAGACAAGGUUCAGACGUUGGAGUGGCACCCAUUUGAGGCGCAGUCACUUCUGUCUGGGGGAUUCGACAAACAUGCCGUCCUGUACGACUGUCGGAGUCCAGGAGACACACACAAGUCCUGGGCUCUGAGUGGGGAGGUGGAGAGAGUCACGUGGAACCACUUCUCCCCCUUCCACUUCCUGGCGAGCACGGAGGAUGGUUUUGUUUAUAACAUUGACAUCAGAACAGACAAGCCUGUUUUCACACUAAGCGCCCAUCCACAGGCAGUUACAGGCCUGUCCCUGAGCAGUGCUGUCCCAGGCUGUCUGGUGACGACCUCCAGCGACAAAACAACGAAAGUUUGGGACAUCCAGGAC